AUGGCAGAUGCAGCCAUUGUAUCAGAUAUUUAUAUAGAAAAGAUGUCAAAUACAGAUUAUUCCACAUCAAGUACAACAACUUCUGAUACAACAGAUUUAACUAUCUCCACAGAUAGUUUUUCAAUGCCUCAACAACAACAACAACAACCAAUACCAAUACCAAUACCAAUACCAAUACCAAUUCCUAUAUUAAACAAUGGUAAUAAUUCAACAACAGCAACAACACAAGCAAUUAAUAAUAAUUUAAAUUUAAAUAAUAAUUUAAUUGGAUCACCAAAGAGGUUAUUGUCAAGUCAAUCAUUAUCAUCACAACAAUUACAAUCACCAAGUGCACCACAACAACCUAAAACCUAUCCAUUACAUGAAGCAGCAUAUAAAGGUGAAUAUGAUAGAUUGGUUUCAUUGAUUUUAUUUACACAAGGAAAAAUAUCGGCAAGCAUUAAAUCACCUUCAGGUUCACCACAAUCUUCACGUCACAAUCAUCAUAAUCAUCAUCAUACCCCAACCUCUCCAUCAUCCCAAAAUAGCAGUAGCGGCAGCAGCAGCAGCAAUAAUAAUAGUAAUGGAUCAUUAAAUCAACAUUAUCAACAAGAUUUUACAGGUAUAAAUAGUUUAGAUGAUAAAGGUACAACAGCAUUACAUCAUGCUGCAUUCAAUGGACAUAAACAAUGUGUAAAAUUAUUAUUGGCAAGUAAUGCCUACACUGAUGUACCCGAUAUUGACGGGUGCACACCACUUCACAAUGCAGCAUUCAAUGGAUAUAAAACGGUGAUGCAAUUGUUAUUGGACGCAGGUGCCGAUGUAAAUUCACACGAUAUAGAUUUCAAUACGGCAUUACAUAAAACAUCAUUCACUGGUUAUCACAAAUGUGCUGAACUUUUGAUUGAACGUGGUUCUCAAGUUGAGGCAAGGGAUAAUCAUGGUAUCACUCCAUUAAUUAAAAGUGCUUCCAGUAAAAACUUUAAAUGUCUAUCGGUUUUGAUUGAACGUGGUGGUGCAAAUGUAAACUCAAAAGAUAAUAGUAAUAGCAGUGCACUUCAUCAAGCUUGUUACAAAGGUAGUGAUCGUUCAGUCUCACUCUUAAUUCAAAAAGGUGCCGAAGUCAAUUGUUUCGAUAAAGAAGGCUACACACCAUUACAUAAUGCAGUUUUCAAUGGCUUUGAAGAAUGUGCAAAAAUUCUAUUAGAUAAAGGUGCAAAUCCUGAUCAAAGAGCUUUAGAUGGUUGCUCUCCUUUACAUUAUGCUGCUUCAAAUGGUUUCGAAGGUUGUUUAAAUUUAUUAAUUCGUCGUAAUUGUAAAUUAGAUAUAACUGAUGUUAAAAGAGGUAGAACAGCAUUACAUUAUGCAGCAAAUAAAGGUCAUAUUGGUUGUGUUGAAAUAUUAUUAAGAGCAGGUGCAGAUUCAAAUAUUAAAGAUUUAUCAAAUAAAACUCCAAAAAAUUUAACAAAAGAUUUACAAAUCAUAUCAUUACUUUCAACACCAAUUGAAGAAUUGAAAAAACAUAAGAAAUCUAAAAAAGGUAAUAGUAAAGUUAAUUCACCUGUAUACCAAUCACCACGUAUUGAUGGUGCUCCACAACAACAAACUACUACAACUACAACUACCACUACAACUACUACAACUACAACAUCUAAUCAAUCACCAUUAUCACAACAACAAUUAUUGGUGGAAUCUUUAUCAUCAUCUUCUUCAAAUAUUCAAGAGGAUAAGAAUUUAUCACAACAAAUACCAACACCAACAAUAACAACAACUCAACCACCACAACAACCACAACAACAACAACCACAACAAACACCACCACAACAAUAUAUUAUUUCAGUUGAAUCAAAUGUACAUUCACCAUCAUCAUUAUCAAUGACAAAAGAAGAGGGAUCAAUUCAACAUUCACCAUUACAAAGUCAAUCAUCACCAACUGAUGAUGGUUCAUCAUUUCAUUCUAGAACACCAUCAACUGAUUCAAUUUCAACAGUUACUACAACAAUGUCAAAUUUAACAACAAGUAGUGCAACUGCAAUUUUAGCAAAUGCAAAUUCAAAUAAUAAUAAUAAUAAUCACAAUAAUCACAAUAAUACAACUCCUAAUAAUAAUAAUACAACUUCUUCUUCUUCUUCUAAUAAUAAUAAUAAUAAUACAAAUUCAAAUUCAACAACUACAACUACAACAUCAUCAUUAAAUAAUUCAACAUCACCAGAUACAACAUUAAAACUUGAUAAAUAUGGAUUCGUUAAAGGUAAUAAUCCAAAUGGUGGAUUAAAUGAUGAAGAAGUUAAAACCAAAAAGAUGGAAAAGAUUGAAAAGAAAUGGGUUAAAUUGAUAAAGUUUGAAGUUUCAUUCACAUCUCAUAAGAUUCGUGAACGUUUACCAAAGGGUAUACCAAGUUCAGUUCGUGGUAUGGCAUGGAAAAAACUAUUUGAAACUACAUCAAUCAAAAAUAAAGCCAAAGUAACCUAUGCAGAGUUAUUAACCAAACCGUUACCACAGGGAAUUCAUAUUCAAAUUCAAAAGGAUUUAGAUCGUACAUUCCCAAAGCAUAGUUUCUUUCAAGAGAAAGGUGGAAUGGGUCAACAAAUUCUUUCCAAUAUUUUAACGGCUUUUUCAAUCUAUAAUCCAGAGGUUGGCUACUGUCAGGGUAUGGGUUUCAUCACAUGUUUACUCUUGAUUUACAUGGCAGAGGAGGACGCAUUUUGGUCACUCAUUCAACUCACCGAACGUUAUGGAAUGUCUGAAAUGUGGAAACCAGAUUUCCCUUAUCUUCAAACUUGUUUCAGUAUAUUGGAUAACCUAUUGGAGGCGCAUUUCCCUCAAUUGUUUUUACACUUUCAAAAGCAAAAUGUUUUCACACCACUUUUCGCCUCUCAAUGGUUCAUUUGUCUUUUGAUCUACAAUUUACCCUUCUCCUAUAUCGUCCGUAUUUGGGAUCUCUUCCUCUAUGAUGGACUUGUAAUUAUAUUUGCCUCUUGUCUUUCCCUCUUUAAAAUCUACGAAGAUCAUCUCUUGAAAAUGGAGUUUGAAGAGAUUGUUAACCUCUUAAAAUUCUCAAAUGGUGAAGAUAAAAAUAUUAAAGCCGAUGUUUCAACCUUUAUGAAAUUGGUUGUCCAUUAUCGAAGUAAAAUUAGACAUACAAUCAAAGAUGGUCUUAUUAAAGAUCCAAAUGAACAUCGUAUAAAUAAUAAUAAUAAUAAUAGUACAAUUUCAAAUAAUGGUAAUAAUAUUAAUAAUAAUCAUCAUUAA